AUUUAGCAUACAACAUUGAAAUUAAAACAUUAGAGGCGUUAGAAAUGUUUGAAAAUUAUAAAUUUACAAGUAAUAGCAAAUUCACACUUAUCAAAUAAGUAUUUGGCAAUUAAGAAAAUCCAAACCACGAAAGCGCAGAAAAAAAGAGUUUGAGAACAGUUAAUGUGAGUAAAAGCGAGUUGUGACCUUCCACUUGAAUGGUGCAAAACGAACUUGGCCAACAAAAUGUCCGUCGAUUGCAUGCGACCCACGAGCAAUAAGAUCGUCAUCACGCCCGGUGCAACACUGUGCUAUGCCACGAACACUACAGCGCGAGUGUCGCAACAGCAACAGCAACAAAUACGAACCACAGUACGACAACAAACGACGGCGGCUGUGAGAUCAGCGCGCCCACAACCAAAUACAACAACAUGCAAAGGCAAAGCACUAGCAACGCUUAAGCCAAGCGCGCUGCUUCCGAAGCAACAGUCGACGAUUGUGGUGGUUAGAAAGCCUGCCGGACCAGUUACACCGCCACUCCUACAGCCGAAAACCAAAUAUGCAUCACUUGUACCGUUAUCGCGUAGCACCAACAAGCGCUUGCGCAAUGUCGGCAAUCAGAAAUCUCCCAAAGAGCCUGUCACUGUGGAUCGCAUUCAGUUUGAAGAUGCCACUAGUGACUUGGAGGUCUGCAAGAGACUCGAGUGGUCAGCCGCACAAUCGCUAGUCGAAAUGAAUGCAAAAGAGAAACAGCGACGCAGUGCUGCCGCUGUACAGGCGACUAUAGAGCGGAAGCCAUUGACGUCAGUGGCGACUCAAGAGGUUGCUGCAGUGCAGACACCUGUCAAUGGAACCGCUUUGAGUGAUACUAGUUCACACAGCAAUGUUGAUAUCACUAGAGUGGAGCAACGACGCAAUGUUGUCAAGUGGAAUGCCAAAAAUAACAACAUCAACAACAACAAAGCAACUACUAAUGAAGCCACAACUGGCAAAUAUGUAGCACCAUUAACAACCAUUGGUGGACGCUCCCCGGCCGAAGAUGGCAAAGUCAUAUUCUAUGCUCCACCAGCUGGUGGACUCAAUGCCAAUCAAACUUCUACUCAGGCGCCAACCUUUACGAUCAAACAAGAACCAACAUUGCCGGCGUUUUAUCGCGAACGCAGUAUCGAGGAGACCGAAGCCGCCCACGAUCUACUCUCACUAUCACAAAGUCUACCGCCACUAACACCGCCUUGUGUCGUCACCAUACUACAUCAGCAGGAGGCGUCGACUAAUCACAACCACAACAACCAUAACACCAACAACAAUAACAGCACAAUACAACAACAAACUCACUAUCAACCACAAAUACAACCAAACACAGGCAUCAUGCAUGAAAUAUCCAGUGCUUCCAAACAGCAAAGAGCCGGCGUCGUGGCACAACCGCAACUCGCACCACCACCACUUUGUGCGGCUACAAUUAAUGCAGAUAACUUUACUAUAUUCACGGUGGAAGAGAUUAAAACGUCCACACAUCGACCAGCCGCACACGGACAAGGUCCAGCAAAGAUACGUUACAUCAGCAGCGGUAGCAGCAGCUCCUACGACAGUCACGCAGGCGCAAAUACGCCAGACAACUCGGAGAAUUGCUCGCCACUAACGCCACCAAAUUCCGAUCAUUCAUCCGACAUAGACAUUGAUAUGUCCUCCUCAUCGGAGUCGGGUCACUUCAAUUCCAACUAUCAACCUACACUGAAAUUGUGGAUCGACGAACCGACGGCCGCCUAUACAAUGCGACGCACUUCCACCAACGCAAUAGCUACCGAUGAUGCGUUCGAUGCGAAGUCCACUCACACCGCCGCCAAGUUGGGCCUUAACAUAUUAGAUGGGCGCACCAAAGCGAGCCGUUGCCACAAGGAGCCAAUCGAAACGCACACAACCGGCAACUACGGCACGCCCGCCACCGACAUGGACGCGUAUGUGAAGAAGAAACGCGGUAGCUACAAGUGCUCCGAAUGUGGCAAACAAUAUGCCACAUCGAGUAAUCUGUCGCGCCACAAGCAAACGCAUCGCUCACUCGAUUCGCAGUCGGCGAAAAAAUGCAACACUUGCGGCAAAGCUUACGUCUCAAUGCCCGCACUCGCCAUGCAUCUACUCACGCACAAGCUCUCGCACAGCUGCGACAUCUGUGGCAAACUAUUCUCACGCCCUUGGCUACUGCAGGGCCAUCUACGCUCACACACCGGCGAGAAACCGUACGCGUGCUCACACUGUGGCAAAGCUUUCGCCGAUCGCUCCAAUCUGCGUGCGCACAUGCAAACGCACUCGAUUGACAAGAAUUUCGAAUGUAAACGUUGCCACAAGACAUUCGCACUGAAGUCGUACCUAAACAAGCAUCUGGAGUCGUCAUGUCUCAAGGAUAUGAUGGGCAUGUCUAGCGAAGAGGCGGCCGACUUGUACGGCGCGGAUGGGGAUGGUGAUGGUGAGGGUGAAGGCGAAGGCGAAGGCGAAUCGAUGACAGCGCAAAGCAGUGAUGAUAAUGACGAGGAUAUAGUCGUCGCAUAGAUGCCGUUAGAAAUCUGUUGAGAGUCGGCAAUGUAAGACAGCCGCAAUUAGCAGCAUAUGUGCCAGGGUGAGUGCAAAAGCUUAGUAGUGAUGUAAAAGCUUGUUUUUAAUGCGUAAGCUUUUUUCUAAUGUGAAA